AUAAGGUGAUCGAACGAAUGCACGUAACACCACCUUGCCCCCUUUUUUGUGCCUCUAAAUAACCGCCAGAACUGACCCUUUUCUUCACACCCAUGACGCCCCAACCUUUUCUUUAUAAUAACUUCCAAUCAACCUCUCUUCUAAGUUCUCAACCAUUCUCUCUCUCUCUCUCUCAUGGCUUCAACCCAAAGAAAGGGACUAGUCCUAAGUUCAAAGGCCAUAGCUGAUGCAGCUUCAUGGUACUGUGCCUUUGUCCUUGUGGCACUCGUGCUCCUAAGCAUCUCCAGAGACAGCUCCAUGCAUCACUUCGUAGACAGCCAACAACUCUUGUCUCGACCGUGCGAUGAGAUCUAUGUUGUUGGAGAAGGUGAGACACUUCACACAAUUAGUGACAAGUGUGGUGACCCUUUUAUUGUUGACAACAACCCUCAUAUCCAUGACCCUGAUGAUGUCUUCCCUGGCCUCGUUAUCAAGAUCAUUACACCCUCACAUCAUACCUAGAAAGCUUUUUAUGAAAUCAAUUAGUUGGAAGUUGGAACCAUCUUACAUGUAUUAGCAAAAGUUUUCUUUUUUUCAUUUUGUGAGUAAAUGUAAUCAGAAUAUUCUUAACAUGAUAUGUUAUGAAGUUUUCAGUGGAUUCGUCGAUUAA